GCCGGUAGGGCGGAGUGAAACAAAGCAGUCUGCCAGGAGCCGGCUGGAGUGGAACGCAGCGCUGCGCGCAACUCGGCGCGGCGGGAAGCGGAGCUGUUGAGCGAGCGGCGUCUUUCUUCAUCUCUCUGGGGUGCUCGAGUGUUUCUUGGGUUACUUGAUCUCCUAAGCGGCCGAGGCAUUGUUUGGGUUUUAUCGGAGCAGAGGCAAAGACUAAGGACACCUCAAUGAAGGAAAGAAGAGCGAGCCAGAAAUUAUCCAGCAAAUCGAUCAUGGAUCCUAAUCAGAAUGUGAAGUGCAAAAUAGUGGUGGUGGGGGACACCCAGUGUGGCAAGACGGCGCUGCUUCACGUCUUCGCCAAAGACUGCUUCCCCGAGAACUAUGUCCCCACUGUGUUUGAGAAUUACACUGCCAGUUUUGAAAUUGACACACAAAGGAUAGAACUCAGCCUCUGGGAUACUUCUGGGUCUCCUUACUACGAUAAUGUCCGCCCCCUUUCCUAUCCAGAUUCUGAUGCGGUCUUAAUUUGUUUUGACAUUAGCCGUCCAGAAACACUUGACAGCGUACUGAAAAAGUGGAAAGGUGAAAUCCAGGAAUUCUGCCCCAACACCAAAAUGCUUCUGGUUGGCUGCAAGUCUGACCUGCGCACAGAUGUUAGUACAUUAGUAGAGUUAUCCAAUCACAGGCAAACACCAGUGUCAUAUGACCAGGGUGCCAACAUGGCCAAGCAGAUUGGAGCAGCCACUUACAUUGAAUGCUCAGCCUUGCAGUCAGAAAACAGCGUAAGAGACAUUUUUCAUGUUGCUACCUUGGCAUGCGUGAACAAAACAAAUAAGAAUGUUAAGCGGAACAAGUCACAGAGGGCAACAAAACGAAUUUCACACAUGCCUGGCAGGCCGGAACUUUCUGCAGUCACUACAGAUCUGCGAAAGGACAAAGCUAAGAGCUGUACAGUGAUGUGAAGGAGCCAGUUUUGUAAUGGAGAUGCAAAGGACAGUGUAAUGGGUGGGAUGGGCGAAGACUUGGUGAGAAGUGCCCAGUGAAAAUGGUCUAUUGUAUGUGCACGGGUCAGUGCUUAAAGGCCGUGGUUCACCUUCUGUAUGCAAGAAACUAUUCUUGGGAAUCAGUAGUUAGAGGAAGCAUUGGAAGAGAUGGAUUCUGAAGAGACGUCAAUGUUGCUUGGAUGAUAUACCAAAUAACGAAGGAAACUAUUUGAAUGUGCAAGAGCAAUGAAAGGAAUGGUAGUACCUGAAGAAAUGAUGUCCUGGCGUAUGCUUAAUUUUUAGAUCUGUUUUGAAUACCUACUUUGAUUUUGAUUACAUGUCAAUAUGUUGCUUUCAAAAAAUAAAUCGAAAAUAUUCCUACUUU